UUUGACAGUCGAUUUCAGUCAGAAGAAUAGUUCCGUUAUGAGCAAGAGCCCAAACAAUUGAAAAAAAAAACAAAUUUUCAUUCGCUAUGGAGUUACGCAGCCGAACUACCAAGAAACUAGUGGACUUCCUCAAAAGCGCAGGCGUUUAUGAGUCAGAUAUGGAAGUCGAGGAAAUGCGCGAGUUGGCGAGUGUUAUGGAGCAGUCGGCCAGCUGCAAGCCGGAAGAUCAAGAAUUGGAGAAGGCUUUGCAGGAGAGCGAGUUGGAGUUUUUGUCCUCGCAGCCGAGUGCCAUGCACAACUCAACAAUGAUCAUGUCGCCCCAAGUGCCUAGAAGGGAUCCCACAGACUUGGACAGUCCGCCCAGCGAGCCCAUCCGUGUGACAGUUCGCGCUUGUGUUCAUCAUUCCAUGGAUUGGAGUCCCACGGCCGAAAGGCGGAUUCCUGAUCGGAAGCGAGCUGCUGGUGGAAAUGACAAUCAGGCCACCGACCUAAAUGGCAAGCGUAUAAGACCUCCGCCUAUCAGCAGUGCUCAGGAUCAGCAAGAUCAAGAGCAGCAGGCCAACAAUCCCGAUGCCACCCCCGUUUCCCUGGGCAACGAGGGCGAUUCGGGUGUUAGUUGGGAGGAGAUGUCUCUCCCCAGUGCCAGUGACAAUAGUUCCUUUCCCUCCAUUGGUGAAAUGCCCGAUCGCCACUUGAUCAGCACCAGCAGCGUCGCCGUCUCCGAUUUCUCAGACAUCCACGAGGAAAGCCAAGAUUAGGAUAUUUCUGUCUGUAAUUUGUCUUUAAUAGCUUAAUCAAAUAUGUAUGUUAUGUCACAUUAAAAGGCUGGCUUUUUGCUUGGAAGCCCAGCGGUACAGAAUGAAAA